AUGAAUGAUCUCUCUUGGCGAAACAGUUUGAAACCUACCGAUUUGGUAAGAUGUAGCGGUACGUAUGGUCACAAGGUCAUUCCCGAAUUCCUUGCCUCGGGGAAAAUGCCAGAAAUCAAGUGUCAUCUUCGAGGUUGUCCAUCGUGGGUACCGAAGACUACUCGCGAUGGGAACAAAUGGCCUCUGAACAUCCCUUAUACGCUUCCUGGACAGACCGCAGAUAACGCACACGAUCAAUUGGUUUGCAGUUUCCGAUGUGGCUUUGACUGCCUAACCAAGACCGAUGAAGACAAAACUAAAGUCCGUAUUGACCAGGGUGGGAAAUUGAUCACGAAACCACCCAAAAGACGAUCUGUCAAAUCGACGACCACCGCUUCUGGUUCUGCGAGUGGAAGUUCAGCUGCCGGUCCUACCCUCCCAAGACUGCCGGCGUCGCCAUCAAGUACAGAUGUCGAGAUACCUCCACCAGAUAGAAUGAUCACUGAUCUUACUCAUGACAAUUGGACUGACGGACCGAUAGCUGAGAUAUACGCAGAUUUCAUCCCCUCCCAAGAUCAUUCCAACAGCCAGAUCGAACCUUCUUUCCAGCAGAAAAGGCACACUCGCGAAGGUCGAAUGGAAUGGUUGAAAAGCAGACAAGCAAAGAUGGUCGAAGAUAACAAUAGGAAAUAUGGUUUGUAUCUCGAAAGUGAUUUUAGGGACAUACAAUUCAAAGAGGAUUAUCCUGGUCUCACCAGAACAGAUGAGGAUUGUUAUUACGACAGAUGUCCUUCUAAGAUCUCUCGUAUUGCCGGCAAAGAACAAUUGUGGCAAUUCAAUGUUAGAACCAAUGAUGGACAACUCAAGGGGACUUGUUCACAUGAACAUCAUGCUGAAGCUAUGGUCGAAGAGAUGGGUCGACAAAGCUUCCGAGAUAGAUUUAAAUCUUUUUUACAAGGUCAAAGAUCAUCAUUUCCCACAUCAGCUGGGGUAAACCCUUUCUUCAGUGAUAUGACCGGAUAUAGUGGUUUACCCCAAUAUACAUCAUCGUACACUGGUUCGCCAACCCAAGGUCAAGGCGGGUUCGAACCCCCCAAAAGACGUCGAACGGGUGGUUCGGUGAGGUCUGAUUCUGGGGCUUACUCGGUAGAUGGGUAUACGAUGAGUCACGCGGGUUCGGGUUCGGCUUCCGGGAGGUUCUUCCCUCCUUCAUCUUCGAUGGGUCCACCUAGGAUCUAA